CUGUGGUCAAGGCCUGCUAGACAUUGACCAUAGAGUUGCGCCGGAGGAGCCACAAAGGCCGAGCGGAGCGUUCUCUUUCAGGGCGACUCUUGGUUAAAGUUGACCAUAGAGUUGCGCCGGAGGACCUUGAUAUUCCUAGAGAGGAACAUAUUAAUAAAACCCGUGAAUAACCAAAGCCGCAAUAGUCCAAGCCAUAGAAGGAGGGAUGAGUGUAGCCAUGCUCAAAAUGGAGGACCCUUUGGAAGGCCUCCGGGGCAGAAGGCUGCGGGAAUAACUCGCUUCGAGGCCGCUUGGCCAUGGCGCGGUGCUCUGGAAUUCUGGGAAGGGCCGUUAGGUGCCGCAACAAACGGCCCUUCCCAGAAUUCCAGAGCACGGCGCCCUGGCCAAGCGGCCUCGAAGCGAGUUCUCGGGACGCCUCCGCUCCCUGGAUGACUCACCCUCCGCCUGGUCCCUCUCUCGGCCUCCUCGACGCUGCGGAAGCGGAACGGGCGGAGAAGCCAAGAGGGCCGGCUCCGUCUUGGCCUCGGUCCCCAGCCCCGAGGAAAGCUCCUACUUUCAGGCCAGAGCAGGUAACUGGGAUGGAAGAGGUAACUGAACGUUAUGACUUCUACAUUGGAUUGGGCUUAGCUCUCAGCUCCAGCCUGUUCAUUGGAGGAAGUUUUAUCCUGAAGAAGAAGGGGCUUCUCAAGCUGAAUGGCAAAUCAUCUGUCAGAGCAGGUCUUGGGGGCCAUGCAUACCUGAAAGAAUGGCUGUGGUGGGGAGGACUGCUGUCCAUGGGAAUUGGAGAAGCCGCCAACUUUGCUGCAUAUGCUUUUGCCCCAGCGACACUGGUCACUCCUCUUGGAGCAUUAAGUGUUUUAGUUAGUGCAAUUUUAGCCUCAUACUUCCUGAAUGAGCAGCUAAACAUUCAUGGGAAGAUUGGCUGUAUCCUGAGCAUUUUAGGCUCCACUGUGAUGGUAAUCCAUGCACCUCAGGAGGAAGAGGUCUCUAGUCUGGAGUCAAUGGCUGAGAAACUGAAAAAUCCAGGAUUCAUAGUGUUUGCUGGGUGUGUGCUGUUGAGUUCAAUCCUUCUCAUCUUUGUGGCUGGUCCAAAAUAUGGACAGCGCAAUGUCCUGGUCUAUGUCCUGGUCUGCUCUGCCAUUGGUUCACUCUCCGUCUCUUGCGUCAAAGGCUUGGGCAUUGCUUUGAAAGAGCUGUUUGCUGGAAAGCCUGUCUGGGAGGAACCUCUGGGCUGGGUGCUGUUGGUUUCCCUCGUAAUUUGUAUCAGUGUCCAGAUCAACUACCUGAACAAGGCUUUGGAUAUUUUCAACACCUCUGUGGUCACACCGAUCUAUUAUGUCCUCUUUACCACAGCAGUUAUGACAUGCUCUGCAAUUUUGUUCAAGGAGUGGCAGCAUCUUGUCUUCAUGAACAUAAUUGGCACUAUAAGUGGCUUCCUCACUAUAGUCCUUGGCAUCUUCCUUUUGCAUGCUUUCAGAGACGUUCCUUUCACUGCAGAUCUACUACCUCUCUUCCUGAGGCAUGACCAAACAAAUAUGCAUUUGGCUUCUUGGAGAAGCAGGGCCAAGCAUCAGUCUUGUCUUCACCAAUCUCUCCUGGACCCAGAGUACGGCAACAAGAUGGAGAUAGACAAUGCAGAGGACCAGGCUGGCCAAAAUUUGUGAAAACUAACUCAUUUGCCUUUUGGAUAACAAUGCCACACGAACACUCCACAACCAGCUUAGGAACUCUUUAAAGAACCUCUCAAGACUACAGAUGCUUUCUACCAGAAACUGGAAUCAGAUGCCAAAUUUGAGAUCAUUUUUCAGAUACGAGUUUUCACUGUUGACGUGCCUGACCAAAGUAAGAGGACCAAUACAGCCAAGCUGGAGUUCAGAAAGUGACAGAACUAGGCCACUUCUCAUUUCUUCCAGCCUUGCUUGCCCUCUGUUUCCAUUUCUUCAAGACACUCAAAAUGACCCAAAUGGUAAUAUACAGAUAAGAAAGAUGUGUCUGCCAGAUUGACAUUUGGAUGUAUGUCUUAACACCUAACAUCAGCUUUGAAAAGGCAUGGUGUUUCAAAAUAACCUGGAAAUAAUUGGGGUUGUGGGAAGGAAGUCGUAUCACUUGUUUAAAAAAAGAAAAGAAAGAAAAUCGUAUGGAAUAAGACACAAAAUUCCUUAGCUAGAAAUGUACAAAAGAAAAAAAUGUUAUUUUUUCCUGCUCAGGAAGUGGAAUACAGAUAGAGAAAAAUGUACAUUAGCACAAGAAAGGAUUCUCCAAUGGAUGGCAGGCAGGAAGGCUUGGCUCCACUACCUAAAGUAGCCUACUGAUGCUGCAAGGUGCUUCGUAGGGAGUUUAGCAAUAAUAUGAGACAGCUUCUUUGAGCAUUUUGUGCAGAAUACACAUGCAUUUUGCCAAGAUCACAGGGACUGAACUUUUGCCUAUAUGCCUCAUCUGUUCAAUUUGUUUGUGGACAUAAGGACAAUGCAUUUUAGGUGGCCUUAAGAUUAACAUCUUUUAGUAUUAAUAAGAUUAACAUCUUUUAGUAUUAAAGUUUACACACUAUUUAAGGUAUUACUUUGCAGUGUCUCCAGUUAUAAAUAUUGCAAAUAUAAUACAAGUGAAACUAUUUUUACCACUUCAUGCUUAUUUGCAUCUUUUGCUAGCUGUUCAGGACCAUACAUUCUUCCUUUCAGAAGGGAUCACUCUAGUUGCCUUACCAGCUGUGACCUACAGCCUUUCUCUUGGUGAUAAAUUGAAAAUGAUGGUCCUUUAUCUGUACCUGUAGACUAGUGUAUAACUUGGCUUGGAGAAUCACUUGAUUUGCAAGUGUUUCCUAUCCCUCAUCU